GUCCACAAUGGGUCUCAUAUAUCAAGGAUGCCGUAUUAGAUCGUCCUGUACCUCGCCAACGCUCAGGUCUGAGAGAUAAUGCAGCCAAACCAAGGGCUCUCAAGGGGCUCUCCGGCAUUCUACUUUAUCAGAUCGGCUCCGGUCGGCCGAUACCGAAUCUUGCUGGUGCCGUCAGCAGGGAAAUAUGUAGAGAUGCUGUAGAGACAGUAUAUAAAUAGUCCCUAUAGACCGGAGUCUGAGAAAAAACAAGAGUAAUAUCCUUCUUCAUUUCAAUCAUAUUCAACCAACCCUCAUUCUCUCACAUGUCGGAUAGCAAACCCAGCACUUGCCCACCUCGAUCUCGAGUGGCAGUUCGCUACCAGGAGAUCCUGAAGGAGCGAGAGUCUAAUCCGGAUCGAAUCACGUAUGGGGGGGAGGAUUUGAAGGACCUUGAUGCAGCUCUUGUCGUUCUCUCCACGGAAGCUGGAGAAAGCCCCCGAAGUUGGACGGCGGAGAAGAAAUGGAUUGUCACGGUUAUGGUCGGGCUGUACUGCUUCUUGGCCCCAUUCACCAGCACUAUCUUUGCCCCAUCCCUCCCAGCCAUGAUGGCCGAUGUUGGCGAAACCAACCCCAUCCGGGGAGCUCUCCAAGUCGCCGUCUUCCUUCUUGCCUUCGCUGUCGCGCCCAUCUUCCUCGCCCCGCUGAGCGAAUUCUUCGGUCGAACCAUUGUCCUUCGGACAGGAAAUGUCGUGUUCUGCGCCUUUUGCAUCGGAGCAGGUUUUUCGCAGACGACUGCCCAGCUCGCUGUCUGUAGAUUUUUCUCGGGAGCGGGUGGGUCGGCGUCGCUUGCGGUCCUUGGUGGGGUCCUCACGGAUAUUUGGGACCUGAGAACCAGGGCAAAGGCUUCCGCAGCCAUUGGCACGGCAGUUAUGCUGGGGCCCAUACUAGGGCCUGUCUGCGGUGGGUGGAUGUCCGAGCGAGCUUCUUGGAGGUGGACGUGCUGGGUUCCGGCAAUCGUUUCUAUAGUGCUGGAAGUUGGUGCGCAGUUUACUCUCAAGGAGUCUCACGUCCCUAUCCUACUCAGUCGCAGAUUGGCUAAGGAACAAAAUCAACGGCCGGACGACCAGCUCUACACAGUGCUCACGUUGAACUCUGAAGAACCGGACAGGCAUCCGGCCACCUCAUUGAUAGGAUCUGCUAUUAGGCCAGUUAUGUAUCUCAUUCUCGAUCCGGCUCUCAUGCUAUUGUCUCUCUAUUACGCCUUCGUGUUUGGAGUACUAUACCUCGUCAUUGUCACGUUCCACAUUGUCCUGGGCGACGGUUACGGCCACUCCGAGGGCAUCAUCGGCGUCGACCUUCUUUCCGUAGGUGUUGGUGCCCUAAUCGGUAUGCUAGUGACCGCCAAAGUGCUGGAUAUCAUUUACAAGAGGCAAGUCCAAGGAGACUACAAGCCCGAGUCCAGAUUAUUGAGUGCCUUCCCGGGAGCCUUGCUGGUGGCGGUCGGACUUUUCAUAUAUGGAUUUAGUGCUCUGAAGACGCAUUUCAUCGUGCCCCUGUUAGGCAUGGCUAUAUUCAGCAUUGGAGUCACGAACACAUAUCUGGCGAUUCAGCUGUACAUCAUCGACAGCUUUGACUUCCCGGCCUCUGCUUUAGCUGGACUUUCCGUGCUUCGAUGCUUAUUCGCGGGUGUCUUCCCGUUAUUCGGUGAUCAACUGUUUGAUACUCUUGGCAUUGGUUGGGGCGUUGGUAUGCUAGCAUUUCUAUCAAUCGGACUAGGCCUCCCCUUCUUACCGAUCAUGUAUGCCCACGGAUUGCGCCUUAGGAAUAUAGGAAAGCGAAAUAGACAGCGGUUUGGCUGGGCCAUGUAAGCAGCAAGGUUGGAAGGGCCUUAGGAAUAUUUAGUCCUAAACGCCUUAACCGUGCCCCAUGACCGCCCCACACCUCCGGUGUAGUACUAUGUAGGUGUUCCUGU